AUGCUCUCACGCGACAAACGACCAGCAGUCCCCGUCCCUCGCCCACUUCCAGCAGCGGCAGGCGGCGCAGCUGGCGCAGGCGUGCAGCCCUUCAACCCAGCGUAUGCGCACCCGGCAUACCUCCCCGCUCGCGUGCACGUUACCGCCGCCCUCGCCACCGUACCCCCAACCCAGAUCCCCAGGCAGCAAGGACCCGUCCCCCUGGAAUCCACUUGGUCCGACGCGACUAAAGUGUCGCCUGCUUGGGAAGGCUGGGGCCGGGGACCCGCCGAGCUUGGCAAGUCGAGGUUGUGA